AUGACUGAGAGGCCGUUGUUAAGUAGGGUUGCUACAUCUGCACCUAACGCAGACACUGCAAUUGAUAGAUCUAUACCUGAAUUUCCUGCAGCCACUCCAAUUGACGAGGACAACUAUUUCAGAUUUCACAAACCGCCUGCGUAUUUGUCGCAAAUCAGCCAUGAUGUGGCGAGUUUUAUCAAUUACAACCAUUUACGGAACCGGAAAAUUGUCUUGGUGACAUCGGGAGGUACGACUGUGCCACUUGAGAAUAAUACGGUACGGUUCAUCGAUAACUUCAGUGCAGGAACUAGAGGUGCUACAUCAGCAGAGUAUUUCCUCGAAAAUGGAUAUGCUGUCAUAUUUCUACAUCGUGAGUUUUCCCUGUUACCAUAUUCGAGACACUUCUCUCAUACCACCAACUCCUUAUUGGACCAUUUAGUUUUAAGCAAUGAUGGCAGCAAGGUUGAGGUUGACGAUGUUCUACAAAGAGACCUUGCCGAGACAUUGAAGAAAUACCAACAGGUGAAGAGAGAGAACAUGUUGUUGCUGGUGCCAUUCACAACGGUGCAUCAGUACCUCUUUACCUUAAAAUUAAUUGCACAGGAACUAUCGGUUAUUGGCUCGGAUGCGUUGUUUUAUUUGGCAGCUGCUGUUUCAGACUUCUUUUUGCCUAGCUCUAGAUUACCUGAACACAAGAUCCAGAGUCAGGAUCAUGGCGGGAAACUAGUUGUUGAUUUGGAGCCUGUUCCAAAGUUUUUGAGGAGGCUCGUGGAUUCGUGGGCCCCAAUCGCAAUGAUCAUUAGCUUCAAAUUGGAGACCGACGGCUCGAUUCUAAUCAAGAAGGCACAGGGUGCCUUGGAGAGAUAUAACCACCAACUAGUGAUUGGCAACUUGCUCCAAACGAGGAAAAAUGAAGUUGUGUUUGUUACACCGGAAAGACAAGAAUGGCUGAGGUUAACUGAAGAGCAAAGAGCCCAUGGUGUGGAGAUUGAGUCUUUGAUCAUCCCCAAGAUACUCAAGCUACAUCGAGAAUGGAUUACAAGCCGGGAUGAACUAGUCAAAUAG